CUGAAGUCGCAAAUUAGUUUCAGUUUUACGAUUUAAUCUGAAAAAGCUCGCUGUCGCAGUGUUCUUGCCGCGUUCUUUACUGUGUUGUGCAUUUAACGAUACCUAGUGUGGUGGCUUUGUUUAAACACUGCGCUCUACAGCUUCCGAAAUCGAUUCAGGAAGUGCGUUUGUUUACCAAAACAUAGCAUAGCUGGCGUUAGCAUAGCCUGGUUAGCUUCCCCGUAUAGCAGUUUGAAUCCAACAGCAACCGUCGUUCGUCGACACACGUUAUUUUCACACGUUACAUUUAUGUUCGGCUUUACACGUAACAUUCACGGCUCGUCUCGACAAAUGAUUUGUUGUGUUGCAGUGUCCGAUAACGUUAGCCAACUCGCUGUCUUGCUAGGCUGCGUUUGAUAGUGAGCUAGAAACCUUGAUAAUGGCAACAGCUGACAGAGAAGGCUGGUGGGGAGGCUGGCUUCAGCAGAGCUUCCAGGCCGUCAAAGAAAAGUCAUCUGAAGCGCUAGAAUUCCUAAAGCGAGACCUGACCGAGUUCUCCACUGUGGUGCAGCAUGACACAGCCUGCUCAAUUGUGGCUACAGCCACUGCUGUCAAGAACAAACUUGCCGUGGAAGGUUCCUCUGAGACAUCCGAAAAGGUGAAGAAGAGCCUGUCUAGUUUCUUGGGGGUGAUAACCGACACUCUUGCUCCACCCCCUGAUAAAACCAUUGACUGUGACGUAAUUACACUGGUGGCGACGCCAGCAGGAACCACAGAAGUUUAUGACAGUUCUAAGGCACGACUCUACAGUUUGCAAGCUGACCCAGCUACGUACUGCAAUGAGCCUGAUGGCCCCCCGGAGCAGUUUGACAGCUGGCUGUCCAGUUUCAGUCUGGAAGAAAAGAAAGGAGAAAUCUCAGAUCUUUUGGUUAACAGCCCCUCUAUACGUGCCCUUUACACCAAAAUGGUGCCAGCAGCCGUAGUCCACUCUGAAUUCUGGCAGAGGUAUUUCUACAAAGUAUUCCAACUGGAUCAGGAGGAGGCAAGAAGAGUGGCGCUAAAGCAGAGGGCAGAGCAGACCACGCACACGGAGACCCUGGGCUGGGAGGAGGAGGAGGAGGAUGAUUUCCUCGGCGCUGCGUCACCAUCCCAACUCCACUUCACACCCCCGUUGGACAGCAGCUCAACGCAACCGGCCAACACCUCGACGACUCCUACAGGGCUGAGCCUGCUGAGCCCCGCCCUGUCCCCGAGCGAAGAGCGCGAUGCCACCCUCUCCAUCAGCAGCGACAGCGUCAGCCUGCCGACGCAGGUGGAAGUCCGGCCGGAGCCCGUCGCCACGGAGCUGGCCGAGAAACUGACGGAGGCCAGCUUGGAGGAUGUUGUAGACAAGACGCAAGAAGAGCAGAAGCCUGGAAAGAGUGACUUGCCCCCUCAAGAGGCUCAAGUGGAAGCCGUAACCAAGCCAGAGGUCGCUCCUGACGGGCCGUCAGCGCGAGCCCCCGCCUCUAAAUCCGAGAACGCAAAGGAAGAGGGGCCGCAGGACCUGAGAGUGUUCGAGCUGAACUCUGAUAGCGGGAAGUCUACGCCCUCUAACAAUGGCAAGAAAGGGUCCAGCACCGAUGUGAGCGAGGACUGGGAGAAAGACUUUGACCUGGACAUGACUGAAGAGGAGGUCCAACUGGCACUCUCUAAAAUAGAAGCUUCUGGAGAGCUGGAUGAAGACUGGGAGAACUGGGACUGAGAGCAACUCCGACACGAACUCUGUCCCGCGAUCAUUAAAGCGAGUUCUCGGCAGACGAACCAUGCUUAACGUGUUUUAACUCUUUGUCCACACUGUCACCAUGUCAUGAUUGUCAGCAGGGGAUUUUCCAGAGGGUUUGGACCAUAUUGGUUGACCUGUUGAAAAGAGCAACAGGAAGACCAAGGCAAUAAGAAUUAGACCGCUCCGCCAGCUGCCGGCUUAGUGCAGAUAGGCCACUAGCGAGGGUAAUGACUCAGGUCUUGGCUAUUUCUUGGAGUAACUUCUCAUUUAGAGGGCGUAAGACACUAGUAAUAGGGAAGGUUGUAAUCAUUCUGACCUUGAAGCUUAAGGACACAUAGUAACAAGUCAGAAUGUGUAAAGUUUCACUGCAGGAAAGAAAGAUUUUUUUCCCAUUUUUCUUCUUGCCAUUAAACAUCAUGUAUGUCGCGUGUAUUUUCAAGUCGACGACUUAAAUGCGGGCUGCAAAAUAGCCAUAAACUGUAAUGCUGCUUGUCAUCUUUCUCAGAUGAAAUACUUUGAAAGUCGAUUUUGAAUGGUGUUGAACGAUUCGCCCCGUCUGUCUCUCUCUCUCUCUCUCCCUCUCUCUUUCUCUAUCUUUCUUGCUCGUCUUUAUUAUGCAAGUGAAUCCUCAAAAUGGAAACUAAUAGUUUGGCCUUCAUUCACGGAGCACUUUUCGUUUUGGAUUCACUCCCAGCUCUAGAUAAAUGGCCUUGUACAACACACAGUAGUGUGAUGAUGCUGUCCAAAUAUUUUUUGUUACAUCAUCUGAAACACAACCAGUGUUGCUAUUAGUUGUUCUUCUCCCUCUCUUCGUCAUGAUGUGUGAUUGAUUGGAAUAUAUGGGCUUGCUGCAGGCUUCAUGUUGGUUUCUCUCACUGGUAACGUGUCACUUGUAUGACUUGAUCUGUUUUCUUUGGAUAGAGGGAAUUCUUUAUUUAUCAAUCGUUGAGAUUGAAGUCAUAAUUGACUUAACAGAGAGGAUUUAAACUGGUCCUGGUGUCCUCAUACCAGAUUCUUUGGCUUGGCUUUAAGUGUAGCAUCUCUUGUUAUUUACGUGCAUAGAAGAAAAGAGACAAAUCUGUGACAUUUUCAGUUUCUCUGUCGGCCCAUGUUUGAAACAAAAUAGCUCAGCAGGCCGUGUGCCAAGUAGACCAAGAAGCUAUGUGAGCACGCUCCAUGCUUUUUCUGAUUUCCCUUUCCGUCAUCUGUAAUGUAAGAGAGAAAAAGAAGCCUAGAGGUGUAAUAUUUAUACUAAAAUAAAAGCGUAAUUAUUGUAAUAUGUGCUUUGGAUUGCAUGUCUGUGCAAUAACAUUAUGCAAAACAUUGUGCAUAUGGUUAGCGUUCAGUUUUUGUUUUUUUUUUCCUAAACACAUUGGCUGUUCUUCAGGUUUUUGUGUUUCCUGACGACGUGUUGCAUGUCUAUAUUUCUCGGCUGCGUACUCCCUUCAGAUUCACACGUUCAACUAAUAGAAGCUGUUCUCAACAUCUGUUUUCAGAGCUGUCAAUUUCUUUUUCUUUUUUUUUUGAUUCACAAUAUUUUUCAAAUGAUCAUUGUCAAUAAAGGAUUCAUGGCUAAUA